GCAUUGUACGUUGACUGAUUUGCUUCGCACUCUCCCCAAAAAGCUAUAUCAAAUGAAAAUAAACCAUUAAAAACUGACAUAAUGCAGAUUAAGCCCAUAAUUACAUAUUCUGGUUCUUUUCCACUAUUUCGAUCGCUGGAAUCGCAAAUUCUAAAUGCGAUUCCUUUGGACACUUGCGAAUGGCGACGCACCUUUCAACGGCCAACAAAACAUGUUCGCCUGGAGGCUCAAACGCAACAGUUUAGUGUGGAGCCACUGGAGCGAUACAAACAUGGCGACUGGAGCAUUUUGGAACACCCUAUAUUGCAUAUAUUUGUCACGGAAUGCAAUGACAUUGACACGUACAAAUCAACGAUUCGAGAGGAAAUCGAUGCUUGGCUUAAGCUUCUGACCAGCUAUGGCAUCUCCGAUUGGAUGAUUCUAUUGGUGGAGACACUGGAUAUGCGCAAAACAAAGAAUUUGCUGCCUCGUACCACAGUGUUGGAUAAGAUACGUUUGGAUUUUGGAAGCAAAAACGAUGAUCGCUGUAUUUCCGUAUUGAAUCCAGCGAAAUUCGAGCAGAAAUCAACGGAAUCCUUUCGCUGUUUGGUGCAGCGCAUACGUUUCCUGAUGCUCACAAGCUUCAAUCGGAAUAUAGCCAAAUAUGAGGAGCUAAUACGCAGCAAGAGAGAGAAACGCAACCAUGAUGAUUGGGAUUUUCGUCAAUACUUUUUUAUGCAGGAAGAUCUGGCGCUGAUAUUCGAAAAACUGGAAUUGCCCACAGAGGCGCUAAUCCAGUAUGAUGAAUUGGAUGCUAUGUUCUCGCAGUUCAUUACGCACACCGGCUUCAAUGAGAAGCAACAGUGGUUGGCCUACUUUAAACUUCCACUCAGCGCUUUCCAUGGCAUCUGUCUGAGUCGCGUCGAUAAGUUCGAGAUGCGCCAGAAGAUACGUCAGGAGGGCGUCUCCCUACUGGAAUUUCGCAACUAUUUAUUCGAGCGGCAGGCCUAUCUUCUGUUGACAUCUAAUGAUAUACCAGAGAUCGCCAAGCGUUUGCUGGGUUUCUUGUUUUCUACCCUGCGUGAGGUGGAGUACAUUAAGUUGGAUUGCCAGGAGGGCGCUCUGUGCUGCUGGGAGUUUGUCUGCGCUCUGGAAGUGCUGCAGCUAUGCGAACAGGCCAUGGAACCCAACGAGGUGACCUGCUUCCAGCACUGUGCACCCAUUUGGAAUUUGGCCAAGGAUAAGCUGUAUGAGCUCGGAAAAUUAUGUGGCCUAUUGCCGGGUUGCACGCCUAGUUCGGAGCAGCUGCACAUUGUCGUCCAACUGUCCUCGGGCAUUGGCGAUGCGCCGCCACAGCAGCAGUUUCUACAGGCUAUGCCUCAGCUGCGCGAUCGUUCACCGAAUAGAAAGCCCAAAUUGUCAGCGGCGCAACAGUUGAAAGAGGCCCUCGGUUCGAAUCAGACAUUUCAGAAGCUCUAUCUGGAGUUGGCAGAGCUGGCUAUUAGCACCUACAAACACGUGGCGCGCUUACGCUCUGCGCGAUUGGUUGGCCUCGAUCUUGGCAAAUUCUAUUGCGCUUUGAAUGAGCCACACAAGGCUGUGGGUUUCUUCACGGAUCUGUUGCGCGAACUGAAGGCGGAGAACUGGCAUACACUGAGUUCACAGACGUUGCUGGAGCUGGCCAAUUGCUAUCGGAAAAUGGGUGAUUCGCUGGCAUACACCAAAACAUGCAGCUCCAUCUCCUGCUGUGCAGAGUUGGAGACACUUGUGCGCACUUUUUAUUUUGAUGAGUUCUUAAAGUCGUUGAAAACGUUGAAGACAACGCUGUCCGCACAGCCUUCCCUAGAGAAUGCCAACUAUUGUGUGCUCGAGGAUCAUUUUCGCAUACUGGACAUGGAGGUGCUCAAUCCUAAGCCCAUAAUCCAAGAUGAUCAUUUGCUGGUGCAGUUAAAGGUGGAGAGUUUGUAUCCACGUGGUAUUGUCGCCGAAUGCAUAAAACUCUGCUAUGAACUCAAUGUAGCCCCCGUACUGGAGACACCAUUACAGGAAGCUGCUCUUUCGAAUAUACAGCACAAGGAGUGCGCAUCUCGGCUGAAGAUCACACUGCAGCUGUUCCACAAGCAGGAUAACUCACUCAACUGUGCCUCUGUGGUCUGCGAUACGCCCAAGACUAAGCAGCCGGUGCGACGGACUAGCAGCACCAAGCGCAAACUGUCGCCCAGCAUGCAGGCGGAUUUCACGAAUAUUGUGGUAGCCGAGAAUAUUAGCCUGCAGCCGGGCAUUAAUCUUAUCGAGCUCAAGGCGAAGGCGACACGCGUCGGUCGCUGGCAGUUUAAGCAGCUAUGCCUGAGCAUGUCCAGCCUGGAGUUUCUAUCGGAGCCGUUGUCUGCGAGUGUGCAGCCGCCUAUCUUUGAGAUAUGCACCAAGCCGGCAAGCGCCUCACUUGAAUUUAAAACACUCAUCGCUGGCAUUGUGCAGCCCAUCAAUUUGCAUGUCGCCGGCGGCAGUUUCAUCUUUCCCGCUGAUGCAAAGAUCACGUUGCGCUGUUCCAAAAAUCUGCGCAUACGUCAGACUCGGGAGCCAGAUGCGUCUAAUUGCAAUAAUGAUGCCAGCUUUGAGAAUGUCCUCCUUGUGCCGCUUUUGCAUUUCAAGUCUUUCGAGGAGCGUCGCAUUCCGCUGGAGGUACUCACAGAUAUGCCCGGUCGCAAAAUGGCCAAACAACACGAACAUCACAUAACACUAAGCUGUCCCUGGUCGCGCAACGAGCUGCAGAUACCCAUCGAGUUUCAGUCGGCCAUGGAGGCCACUUGCCGGCUGCACACAUGCGGUACCCAAAAGUUCUUGCAGGUCAUUAUGAAGGGUCUGUAUGCACGGCUGCAGCUGCAGCAUGCCAAGGUCAAGUGCGAUGUGCCUGGCGUGCGUCUGCUCGAUCUCAAUCCAGAGUCACAGCAACCAAUUGAGAUUUACAAAUCGCUGACAGUCACCUACUUGUACGAGAUUCAGGUGGAGCCUCUGAAAACGGAGCACGAGCUGUCCAUUGUCAAGGUGCAUUUCGUGGUCAAAUAUGCAACGCUUGGCCAAACGCCCGUCUGGCGUAAUUAUGGCUGUGCCUUCGAUCUGGUUGACUAUUCAACGCUGUUCAAGCUGCAGGCACAGCUGGAGACGAGCGAACUGUGCCGCCUACGCACCGUUUGCAAUUUGAAUCUGAAGAUCACCAAGGUCAAUGAGAAUCCGUAUGUGGAUCUAAUGUACGAGGUGCUUAAUGAUCAGAAUCUGUGGGCAGUUUGUGGUCGUUCCGCUGGUGUCGUAUCCAUGAGGGAUGUGGAUAGCCAUUCUAUAUCGCUGGAUGUUAUGCCGCUGAGCACUGGCUUUUUGCCUAUGCCCAGCAUACGACUGUCGAAAUAUACCGAGGGUGGCAAGAAUAAGGCCGAUGCGCACUCCAAGGUGCAUCCAUUUCCGCCCGGCCAGGUGUACAACUCGACCAAGAGCAUGCAGAUCCAUGUUAUAGCGAGUGUGAGCGCCGAACAGUGAACAGCCAAAUUUCUAUAGCCAAGUAUUAUUUAUUGUAAUAAGCAUCAAAUUGUUAAACUAGCCUAACAAUAAAGCAUGCGGAAUUAAAGAUCCAA